AUGACCCUACAGCGUUUUCCUGCUUUAGGAUUUCUGAACACUUUGCUUUACUGUAUUGUUUCCAAGAUGGACUCUGAGCACAAUAUGAGUCACUCUAGAGGAUUACCAGGUUUGCCUCCAUUGCCAACAGCACCUGCACGAGAACCAUCUGAAUUGUAUCAGCUUGUCCUGAAACACAGCAACUAUCCACCGCUGAUGCAAAAUCCAUCCUGGACUCUGGCAGCUCCAUUUAAAGAGUUACGUUUUCAUCGUAAUCCUAGUAAUUCGAUAGCAAACAACUACUCACUCACUGCACGGGACCUAAAACUUGCAGAACUUCCAAAGAAGAUGUCGUCUCCCAGACCAAGCACAGCAAAAAAUACACCACAAUUAAGAACGCUGUCAACUUCAAAGGACUCUUCAUCCAUCCAGAAAAAGCUAAAAUCGUCUCCAAGGAGCAAAUGUAACACUGAUAGAACAUCUAACUACAGACAGUUAUUAGAGUCAUCCCCGCUGGAAGAACAAACGUCCCAAUCUGAUACCAUAGCAAUUCCCAAAGACAUAGCCAUGACGCCUGAAGAACAGCUACAGGUGAUGCACCAGCAUGAAAAGGAGAUAAGCAAACAAGAGGGGAGACCAUCUGAAAGGGACCUUGAGAGGUAUUUUUUCUACAUAAACCUUGGGAUUCAGACAGAAAUGCUGGCACAUCAGGAGAAGGAACAGAUGCACCGAAUAUUAGCCAAUGUUCCCAACAAACUAUCAAAAAAUUCAGUGCUGGAGAAAUUGAUGAAAAAUAUAAAAGAGGAGAUAGAAUCUGAUUAUUACACGAGUCUAAGGAAAAGUAUAGUUGAUUAUAUCCUGAAGGAUCCUGAAGAGAAAGACAGACUCUUCAUAGCAAACAUCCCUCACAGUUUUCCUCAUCGAGUAAUACGAGCUCCGGUUCCCUGGCACCUUUCCUGUAGAAAUGCCUACAAAUGGAAUGAGGAACAUCUCUUCAUAGUUAACCCCAUGAUGCUGUCAUUGCAACAUCUCUGGUUUACAGAGUUUGAUGACUUAAGGUUUGUUCGAACUCAAGAACUGCUCUCUGGCAACCUGCCUCUUCUUCCUGCUGAAUUUAAAGAGCUAGUUCAGAGUCAUUGUCUGGAUUCGCGGACCAUAUUGCGAAAUAAAUGGAUUCCAAAUUGUGCUAAACGUUUUAUAGCUGAAAAAGAUAAAUGGAUUCAUUUAGUUCCCCAAAAUGACAAUGAUUCAACGCUGCUGGUGCAGGAGUUUUUUUCCUGUGUUGGAGCACUUAUGUCUUUACAACUGCGUAGAAUGGUCAUCAAUUCGCUGCAAGAUCUCCUUUCUUUCUUCAGUAUACACAAGGAUGGAAAUGAUUUUGAAGAAUCAUAUAAUGAGAUGCAAUUCUUUACGCCUCAAAUCCUUAUUCUCAAGCUCAAAGUGGAAGAACCCAAAAUAGUGUUUGAGCCAAGUCUGGAAGAGUGUUGGAAUUUAAUACUGCAAUGCUUUCAAGAAAUUAUAAAGAGUGCGGAAGGACUUCCAAAAGUGGAAGUGGAUCUUUUCCCUGGACUUCAGAUGGAAAAUCUUAUUCUUGGCUCAGUGAAACAAGAAGAAUCGUUGGUUUCUGAUUAUGUCAGUAAAACAUUUGAGAUUUUCAACAUGAAUAUUAUUGGUCCACAAAAGUAUCUAAAUGUUUAUAGACGGUACAGUGACCUUCUUAACAAUAAGGCUCAGCAAGAUGUUACUAUGUUCCUUAAGGAAGAGCAUUCACUUCAAGCGUUUACUAAGAAAAUUGAUAGCCUGACACAGGUUAAGAAAGACAUAGCUUCCAUGCACAUUACAGUCCCACUGGCCAUGUUUUGUCUGGAUGCGUUGCGGCUAAAUGAUGAUCUUUGUUCCAGAACACAGAUACUGAAAAAUCGCCUUGUCCAGUUUGAAGUGGAUGAAAACAGGGAGCUCAAUAAGAGCAUCUGCUACAAAUACAGUGUUAUCGCUGAAAGGGUCAAUGAGGUGCCAGCUAGUACCGCAGGGCUGGUGAACCUCACAGACUUCCUAAGAACAUCUAGAGAUGUGACUGUAUACAAACUAAAGGACGAGAUCUCAGAAGCAGCAAACAGACUGGCAUUUCUGCUGGACUAUGCCAGUCUCCAAUAUGAUGACUUGAAGCUGAACAGUACAGUUUUCCACUGGCCGGAGCAGAUAGAGACAGUGUUUGAGGUCAAUAGCAACCGUUUAAUGUCCAGAAGAGAUCAAGCCGAGGAGGAUCUGAGGAAACGGCGCAUUGACUUUGAAAAAUUACUCAAAGGUUACAGUAAAGAAAUAGAAGCUUUUAAAAAGCGUGAGAUUAUGACCAUCGAAGAGAUGAAAAACAAUGUUGAAAAACUUAAAGAACUGGACAAGAAUUUAAAUGCAGCUCUUACUCAAUUUGAGGCCAUCAAUAAAGAAGAGGAAUUACUUGAAUGGGAGAAGAGUCAAUUUCCUUUGCUGCAAGAAACAAUGAUGAAUAAGUUGCCAUUUGAACAACUCUGGGAAACUGCUUACAAUUUCCAUUGUAAAUCAGAGGAAUGGAUGAAUGGUGCUUUUCAGGAUUUAAAUGCAGAAGACAUCACUGAAGAAAUCGGAAACAUGUGGAGGAAUAUGUACAAGAUGUCCAAGAGUUUUACAGAUUUGCCAGGACCCAAACGGGUUGCAGAGAAUGUGAAAAUGAAAAUUGAUAAAUUCAAAGUGCAUCUUCCUAUAAUUUCAGUAAUCUGCAACCGUGGAAUGAGGACACGACAUUGGGAAAUGAUCAGUGACAUUGUUGGCUUUGAUGUUACACCUGCAUCUGACACAUCCCUAAUUAACAUGUUGGAGUAUGGAUUAUCAAAGUUUGUUGAAAAACUUGAAGUGAUUGGAGCCUCUGCAAGCAAAGAGUACUCUCUAGAAAAGGCAUUGGAGAAAAUGAAAUCUGAAUGGUCUUCUAUGAACUUUAUAUUUGUGAACUAUAGGGAUUCUAACACCAGUAUCUUGUCGUCAGUUGAUGAUAUCCAAUUGCUUCUUGAUGAUCACAUAAUUAAAACACAGACCAUGUGUGGCUCGCCGUUUAUUAAACCGAUCGAAGACGAAGCCAGGGAAUGGGAACAGAAACUGGUCCUGAUGCAGGACAUCUUAGAUUCUUGGUUAAGAUGUCAAUCAACCUGGCUCUACUUGGAACCCAUAUUUAGUUCUGAAGAUAUUAUUGCACAGAUGCCAGAGGAGGGAAGGAAAUUUGGUAUUGUGGACAGCUACUGGAAAGACAUUAUGGCAGAGGCGGUUAAAGAUACCCGGGUGCUUGUUGCGACCCAGCAGGAAAACAUGUUGCAAAGACUUCAGGAAUCUAAUGUCCUCCUGGAAGACAUUCAGAGAGGUUUAAAUGCCUAUCUGGAAAAGAAAAGAUUAUUUUUCCCAAGAUUUUUUUUCCUCUCAAAUGAUGAGCUGCUUGAAAUUUUAUCUGAAACCAAAGACCCACUGCGUGUACAGCCACACCUGAAGAAAUGUUUCGAAGGAAUAGCCAAACUGGAGUUCACAGAUGAUUUGGAAAUCACUGGCAUGAUUAGUUCAGAGAAUGAAGUUGUUCCUUUAGCACAGAAAAUAUACCCUCAGAAGGCAAAAGGCAUGGUUGAGAAAUGGCUUUUGCAAGUUGAAGAAAACAUGCUAUCUAGUAUGAAACAGGUUAUCCACAAAGGGAUUGAAGGCUAUUUAGAGGUUCCUCGGAAGCAAUGGGUUCUUCAGUGGCCUGGUCAGGUUGUCAUUUGUGUCUCCACUAUUUACUGGACCAAGGAGGUAUCUGAAGCUAUAACAGAUGGGACUCUACCAGACUUUUUGCAGAAAAGCAAUAAGCAGAUCAGUGAGAUAGUUCAGCUGGUGAGAGGCAAGCUGUCUAGCGGUGCACGAGCUACUCUGGGAGCACUUACUGUCAUUGAUGUCCACGCUCGUGAUGUUGUUGAAAAACUAUCCAAGGACAAAGUCUCAAGUCUGAGUGACUUUCAGUGGCUCUCUCAGCUCAGAUAUUACUGGGAAGAUUGGGAUGUGGUGAUCAGAAUGAUAACCACAGAGGUGACGUAUGGUUACGAGUACCUGGGAAACUCUCCACGUCUGGUCAUAACUCCACUAACUGAUCGGUGCUACAGAACUUUAAUGGGAGCUCUGAAGCUGAAUCUGGGUGGUGCACCAGAAGGACCUGCAGGAACCGGCAAAACAGAAACAACUAAAGAUCUAGCAAAAGCCUUGGCCAAGCAGUGCGUUGUCUUUAAUUGCUCUGAUGGCCUUGACUACAAAGCCAUGGGUAAAUUUUUCAAAGGUCUCGCACAGUCUGGAGCUUGGGCCUGUUUUGACGAAUUCAACAGAAUUGAGGUUGAAGUAUUAUCUGUAGUAGCCCAGCAGAUUUUGAGCAUACAGCAGGCAAUCAUUCGAAAGCUUAAAGUAUUCUUGUUUGAAGGCACCGAGCUUACACUCAACCCAACCUGUUCUGUAUUCAUCACCAUGAACCCUGGAUAUGCCGGCCGAGCGGAACUCCCUGACAAUCUGAAGGCGUUAUUUCGCACUGUUGCUAUGAUGGUUCCAGACUACGCAUUGAUUGGGGAAAUAUCUCUUUACUCUAUGGGAUUUCUGGACUCUAGAAGCUUGGCCCAAAAAAUUGUUGCUACAUACAGAUUAUGCUCAGAACAGCUUUCUUCUCAGCACCAUUAUGAUUAUGGGAUGAGAGCAGUAAAGUCCGUACUGACUGCAGCAGGAAAUCUUAAAUUAAAAUACCCAGAGGAAAAUGAGAGCGUACUACUCCUGCGUGCUUUGUUGGACGUGAACCUUGCAAAAUUUUUAGCACAAGAUGUGCCCCUAUUUCAGGGAAUUAUUUCUGACCUUUUUCCGGGAGUGGUUCUUCCCCAGCCAGAUUAUGAUCUUUUUGUUCAUGCGUUGAAUGAAAAUAUUGCAAAGAUGAAGCUGCAACCAGUACCUUGGUUCAUUGGGAAAAUAAUACAGAUUUAUGAAAUGAUGCUUGUGCGUCAUGGUUUCAUGAUCGUUGGAGACCCCAUGGGUGGAAAAACAUGCGCUUACAAAGUCCUGGCAGGAGCACUUUCUGAUUUAUGCGCAGCCAAAUUAAUUGAAGAACAUGCCGUAGAGCUUCGUAUUAUCAAUCCCAAGGCAAUUACCAUGGGGCAAUUGUAUGGGUGCUUUGACCAAGUAAGUCAUGAAUGGACAGAUGGAGUACUCGCUACGACUUUUAGAGAUCAGGCAUCUUCAACAACGGAUGAUAGAAAGUGGAUAGUAUUCGAUGGUCCAGUGGAUGCUGUUUGGAUAGAAAAUAUGAACACUGUUCUAGAUGACAAUAAGAAGCUUUGCUUGAUGAGUGGAGAAAUAAUCCAGAUGAAUGCUAAAAUGAGUUUAAUUUUCGAGCCAGCAGAUUUGGAGCAAGCAUCUCCAGCCACUGUGAGCAGGUGUGGGAUGAUCUAUAUGGAACCCCACCAGCUUGGUUGGAAACCUUUGAAGGAUUCAUAUAUGGAAACACUGCCUGCCGAUCUCACAGAUGAACAUAAAGAACUGAUUAAUGACAUGUUUAACUGGCUCGUUCAACCUUGCUUGGACUUCAUCCGUCUUGAAUGCAAAUUUCUGGUACAAACGUCUCCUAUACAUCUAGCGUACAGUAUGAUGAGGCUGUACACUUGUCUGCUUGAUGAAAUUGCAGCAUCUGGUGAAGACGGGAAAGAACCAAUGACCAGCCAGCAGAUUACAUUGUGGUUGCAAGGACUCUUCCUGUUUGCAGUGGUUUGGUCAAUUGGUGGAACUAUUAAUUCUGACAGCAGAAAAAAAUUUGAUAUUUUCUACCGUAACCUCAUAAUGGGAAUGGACGAUAAGCACCCACGACCCAAAAGCGUAAAACUGACAAAAAACAAUGUGAUGCCUGAGAGAGGGAGUGUCUAUGACUAUUAUUUUCACAAGCAAGCCAGCGGCCAGUGGAAUGUAUGGACAGAAUACAUUACUAAGGAAGAACUGACUAUUUCCCCGACUGCUAAGGUGUCUGAUCUCAUUAUUCCUACAAUGGAAACUGCUAGACAGAGCUUCUUCCUGAAAACAUAUAUAGAUCAUUGUAUUCCUUUACUGUUUGUUGGGCCGACUGGAACCGGCAAAUCUGUAAUAACCAACAGCUUCUUAAUAAAGCUCCCAAAAAAUGCAUACAUUGCCAACUGCAUAAACUUCUCGGCAAGGACAUCAGCUAAUCAGACACAAGAUAUUAUAUUUUCUAAGUUAGAUCGUAGAAGAAAAGGUCUUUACGGACCUCCAGUGGGGAAGAAAGCUGUGGUUUUUGUGGAUGAUUUAAAUAUGCCAGCAAAGGAGGUGUAUGGAGCCCAGCCACCAAUUGAGUUACUUAGACAGUGGAUAGACCAUGGACACUGGUAUGACAGAAAGGAUACCUCACGUCUGGAUAUUGUAGAUGUUCUGCUUGUGACAGCAAUGGGUCCACCUGGUGGUGGGAGGAAUGACAUUACAGGUCGUUUCACCCGUCAUUUAAACAUUGUGUCCAUAAAUGCUUUUGAUGAUGAAACGUUGACUAAAAUCUUUUGCUCCAUAUCUGACUGGCACUUCAGCAAAGGAUUUGAUGUAACAUUUCUGAGAACUGGCAAGAUUAUGAUACAGGCCACCAUGGCGAUUUAUAAGACAGCUGUGGAAAACUUUCUUCCGACCCCAUCAAAGUCUCAUUAUGUCUUUAAUUUGCGAGACUUUUCGCGCGUUGUACGAGGAGUGUUGCUGUGUCCACAUACACAUCUGCAGGAUAACGACAAACUUAUCAGGCUUUGGAUCCAUGAAGUGUACCGCGUAUUCUAUGAUCGUUUAAUUGACAAUGAGGACAGAAAUGUUUUUUUCAACAUGGUAAAGGAAAUAACAUCAAAUUGCUUCAAGCAGAGCAUUGACAAGGUUCUUAGCCAUUUAGCCCCUACUGGAAAAGUGGUCGAUGAUAACAUUCGGAGCCUCUUCUUUGGAGACUAUUUCAAGCCUGAUACGGAUGUUAAAGUCUAUGAUGAAAUCACAGACUUAAAGCAACUGACCUCUGUCAUGGAAUACUAUCUUGAUGAAUUUAAUAAUGUCAGCAAGGCACCAAUGUCUUUGGUUAUGUUUAAGUUUGCCAUAGAACAUAUAUCUAGAAUCUGCAGAGUACUAAAACAAGAUAAUGGACAUUUACUAUUGGUUGGAAUUGGUGGAAGCGGGCGGCAAAGUGCAACCAAACUAGCCACUUUCAUGAACACAUUUGAGCUUUUCCAAAUUGAAAUUACGAAGAACUACACCAUAAACGAAUGGCGGGAUGAUAUAAAAAAAAUGAUGAUACAAGCUGGUGUUGCAGGAAAAAACACAGUCUUUCUUUUCUGUGAUAACCAAAUCAAAGAUGAGGUUUUUGUGGAAGACAUAAACAUGCUUCUAAACACAGGAGAUGUACCGAACAUCUUUCCAGCGGAUGAGAAGGCGGAGAUUGUCGACAAGAUGCAGUCAAUAGCAAGGGCAGAAGGCAAGAAAAUUGAAGCUACUCCAAUGGCUAUGUAUAACUUCUUCAUCGAAAGAGUGAAAGCCAAUCUGCAUAUUGUAUUAGCAAUGAGUCCUAUUGGCGAUGCUUUUCGAAACCGUCUACGCAUGUUUCCAUCUCUAAUUAACUGCUGUACUAUUGAUUGGUUCCAAACAUGGCCAACUGAUGCCUUAGAAAUGGUAGCAAACAAAUUCUUGGAAGAUGUACAGCUUGAUGAUGAUGUUAGAAAAGAGGUUGUCUCAAUGUGCAAAUAUUUUCAGGAAAGUGUCAAGGAGUUGUCUGACGGAUAUUACAGCACGCUUAGACGACAUAACUAUGUGACCCCGACAUCCUACUUAGAGCUUAUUCUUACUUUCAAGACCCUGUUAAAUACUAAAAGACAUGAAGUAGACACAAUGAGAAAUCGCUACCUUGUAGGUUUGCAGAAACUUGAAUUUGCUUCAUCACAAGUCUCAGUUAUGCAAAAAGAACUCACCGCUCUUCAGCCUGAAUUGAUAAAAACGUCAGCCGAAACUGAAAAAAUGAUGAUCAAAAUAGAGAAACAGACAAUUGACGCUGAUGCAAAAAAAGAGCUGGUUUCUGCUGAUGAAAAGGAGGCUAACGAGGCCGCGGCGGCUUCAAAAGCAAUCAAGGAUGAAUGUGAAGGAGACCUUGCUGAGGCUAUGCCUGCGCUGGAAGCUGCUGUAUCUGCCCUCGACACCCUCAACCAGUCCGACAUCACGCUGGUGAAGUCUAUGCAGAGUCCUCCUGCUCCUGUUAAGCUCGUCAUGGAAAGCAUCUGUGUCAUGAAAAACAUAAAGCCAGAUAGGAAACCCGACCCAAGUGGAUCAGGUAAAAUGGUGGAGGACUUCUGGGGACCAUCCAAAAAAGUACUGGGAGAUUUGAAGUUUCUUGAGAGUUUAAAGGUCUAUGAUAAAGAUAACAUCUCUCCUAUAAUUAUGAAGAGGAUCAGAGAAAAAUUUAUUGGCAAUUCUGAUUUUCAUCCUUCCGUUAUUAAAAAUGUUUCCUCAGCCUGUGAAGGUCUAUGCAAAUGGGUUAGAGCUAUGGAGAUAUAUGAUCGAGUGGCAAAAGUAGUUGCACCAAAACGUGAACGUCUUAAAGAAGCACAAGACAAACUUGCUAUACAAAUGCAGCAGCUGAAUAUAAAACGAGCAGAGCUUAAGGCCGUAGAAGACCGUCUUCAAGCACUGAAUGAUGAAUUUAAUGCUAUGAAUGACAAGAAGGAAGAACUUGCUAAGAAUAUUGAAAUCUGUUCUCAGAAAUUGAUACGGGCUGAGAAACUUAUUAGUGGCUUAGGAGGAGAGAAAGACCGAUGGACAGAAGCUGCAAGAUUAUUAGGAAUAAAGUACACAAACCUUACUGGAGAUGUACUUCUAUCUUCCGGCACAGUUGCCUAUUUAGGAGCUUUUACAGUAGACUAUCGUACAGAAUGUCAAAACCAAUGGCAAAUUAUAUGCAAAGAGAAGAAGAUUCCUUGUUCAAAUGACUUUAGUCUGAAUACUACUUUAGGAGAUCCAGUUAAAAUCCGUGCAUGGCAGAUAGCAGGUUUGCCUGUUGACUCUUUCUCAAUAGACAAUGGUAUUAUUGUGUCUAAUUCAAGAAGAUGGUCUUUGAUGAUUGAUCCUCAAGGACAAGCCAAUAAAUGGAUAAAAAACAUGGAAAAAACCAAUAAGCUAUAUGUUAUCAAGCUCACAGAUGCAAAUUAUACAAGAACUUUAGAAAAUGCUAUUCAGUUUGGAAAUCCAGUCUUACUUGAAAACCUUGGUGAGGAAAUAGAUGCCAUUUUGGAGCCCCUGUUGCUAAAACAAACAUUUAAACAGCAAGGUGUGGAGUAUAUUAGACUAGGUGAAAACAUUGUAGAAUACUCAAAAGAUUUUAGACUCUAUAUGACCACUCGUUUAAGAAAUCCACACUAUCUCCCAGAAGUGGCUGUGAAGGUGUGUCUGCUAAACUUUAUGAUAACACCGUUGGGUCUUCAAGAUCAACUUCUUGGUAUUGUAGCUGCAAAAGAAAAACCUGAACUGGAGGAAAAGAAGAAUCAACUCAUCAUAGAAAGUGCAACCAACAAGAAGCAACUAAAAGACAUAGAGGACAAAAUAUUAGAAGUUCUCUCUACUUCACAAGGAAAUAUUUUAGAAGAUGAAACAGCUAUUAAAGUUUUGUCAUCUUCAAAGCUACUUUCAGAGGAAAUUUCAGAAAAACAACAAAUUGCCUCUGCAACUGAGAAAGAAAUUGAUCAAACAAGAAUGGGAUACAAACCAGUUGCUGUUCAUUCAUCCAUUGCCUUCUUCUGUAUUUCUGACUUGGCCAACAUUGAACCAAUGUACCAGUAUUCACUAACAUGGUUUAUUAACCUUUAUGUUCAUUCACUUGCCCACAGUAAAAAGAGUGAAGAUCUUCAAGAAAGAAUAGCAAAUAUAAAAGAACAUUUUACAAAAAAUAUUUAUAAUAAUGUCUGCCGCUCUUUGUUUGAAAAAGACAAACUCCUUUUCUCACUUCUUUUGACCAUAGGUAUUAUGAAAGGAGAAGACAAAAUAAAUGAUGAGAUUUGGCGUUUCCUUCUAACAGGUGGUGUAGCACUUGAUAAUCCAUAUCCAAACCCUGCUCCUGGAUGGCUAUCUGAUAAAUCUUGGGCUGAGAUUGUACGUGCUUCCAAUUUACAACCACUUCAUGGGUUCAUGAAUCAUAUACAGGACAACCUUUCAAAAUGGAAAAAUAUUUAUGACUCACUUCAACCCCAAGAUGAGGAAUUACCAGAUGAGUGGCAACUGUUGACUGGAAUUAAUCGAAUGGUUAUUCUUAGAUGUCUUAGACCUGAUAAAAUGGUUCCUGCUGUUCAGGAAUUCAUAGCACAAAACAUGGGCAGAACAUACAUUGAACCACCAACGUUUGACCUCGCUGGGAGCUAUAAUGAUUCAAACUGUUGUGCACCAUUGAUUUUUGUUUUAUCACCUGGUGCUGACCCUAUGGCAGGCUUGUUAAAGUUUGCAGAAGACCUUGGCAUGGGGGGAGAAAACCUUCAGACCAUUUCCCUCGGACAGGGCCAGGGACCCAUAGCAGCAAAUAUGAUCACACAGGCUAUUAAAGAUGGGACAUGGGUCGUUUUGCAGAACUGUCACCUUGCCACCAGCUGGAUGCCAGCACUAGAGAAAAUCUGUGAAGAGACCAUAGUGUCUGAGAAUACCAAUGAGAAGUUCAGGCUGUGGCUGACCAGCUACCCCUCCGACAAAUUUCCAGUCAGUAUUCUUCAGAACGGUGUGAAAAUGACCAAUGAGCCCCCAAAGGGACUGAGAGCGAACUUGCUGCGAUCGUACUUGAAUGACCCGAUAUCCGACUCUGCUUUCUUCAAUAGCUGCAAGAAAACCGAAAUGUGGCAGAAACUGCUUUUUGGGCUUUGUUUUUUCCAUGCUCUAGUGCAAGAAAGAAGGAACUUUGGACCAUUAGGCUGGAACAUUCCCUAUGAAUUCAACGAGUCUGACCUACGAAUAAGCAUGAGACAGAUUCAGAUGUUUCUGAACGAGUAUGAAGACGUGCCGUAUGAAGCUCUGACAUAUUUAACAGGUGAAUGUAACUACGGUGGCCGAGUGACAGAUGACAAAGACAGGCGGCUUCUCCUGUCCCUGCUGUCUAUAUUCUAUAAUAAGGAUAUACAGCAAGAGAAAUACAGACUAUCAUCAGGAGACGUUUACUAUGUUCCUCCAUAUGGAACCUACCAGUCUUUUGUUGAGUAUAUACGAAGCUUACCUAUUAUUACGCACCCAGAGGUAUUUGGACUCCAUGAAAAUGCAGAUAUCACCAAAGAUAAUCAGGAGACAAACCAGCUUUUUAAUGGGGUGCUGUUGACUUUACCCAGGCAAACCGCGGGAAGUGGAAAGUCUCCUCAGGAAACGGUUGAUGAUUUAGCAAAGGAUAUUCUGCACAAGUUGCCAAAUGACUUUAAUCUGGAGGAGGUGAUGGCAAAGUAUCCUGUGGUCUAUGAAGAAUCAAUGAAUACUGUGCUGAGACAAGAAUUAAUCCGAUUUAACAGGCUCACUGAGGUUGUGCGGAGCAGCCUGAUAAACAUGGGAAAAGCCAUCAAAGGGCAGGUGUUGAUGUCCUCUGAACUGGAAAAUGUAUUUAACAGUAUGUUGGUGGGUAAAGUGCCCGCAAUGUGGGCAUCAAAGUCCUAUCCAUCUCUAAAACCACUGGGCAGCUAUGUGUCUGAUCUACUCUCCCGAUUGCAGUUCUUACAGGACUGGAUAGAUAACGGACCACCCAAGGUCUUCUGGGUUUCUGGGUUUUAUUUCACUCAGUCAUUCCUGACUGGAGUCUCACAGAAUUAUGCUAGAAAAUAUACUAUUCCCAUUGAUCACAUCGGAUUUGAGUUUGAGGUAACCAAUCAGGAGACCACUAUGGAUGAGUCACCAGAAGAUGGAGCAUAUAUACGUGGACUCUUUUUGGAAGGAGCACGAUGGGACCGAACUACAAUGCUGAUUGGAGAAUCUAUUUCUAAAAUACUCUAUGAUCCUUUGCCUAUUAUCUGGCUGAAACCUGGAGACAGUUCAAGAUUUUUGCAUGAAAACAAAUACUUUUGCCCAGUAUAUAAAACCAGCGAAAGAAAAGGAACCCUCUCAACAACAGGACAUUCAACGAACUACGUGUUGUCUAUAGAGUUACCAUCAGACAAACCUCCGAAGCACUGGAUAAACCGCGGAGUUGCAGCAUUGUGUCAGCUUGAUGAUUAAUUGGGUGUUAAUUUAAAUUGCCAAGUCAAUGACUGUAUCUUAUAUGUGCAGUACCUAAUCAAACAUACGUAUGUAAUAUGUGCCUUAAAGUUUUAUUCUGUUCAGAACAGUACAAUAAAAAUAAUAAAUACUAA